AUGUUCAAGAGCAAGGAUGCAACAAUCCCACGAGCAGACCCAAGGACAGCAGCGCUGACGUCGUGGGCACAACUCCGACAGCAGGGACUUGACGUGCGCAUUGUCGCGUAUCCCAUGGGUCUGCACGAGCUGUGCACCAUACUUGCGCAUCACGAUGGUGUGGUAGACAUCAAGUGUCUCCCACAAGCAGACGUCGUCCUUGCUCGGUUCAGGGGUCAUGAGGAUGUGGAACUUGUACUUGUGGACAUUGAUGGCUGUUGCUCCAUUAGCUACAUUUCGUGUACAGAUCCUUUGCGACACUCGGCAAGGCCACAGGACUGCUAG